CAAUUAUGAUUUUAUGAGCAUUAACUUCAAAUCAUAAAAAAUAGUUGAGGAUUUUUUCUAAUAAAGAACGUUAUCAUACCUCUCAGAUAGACAUAUACGAACAGCGAACUAGCGAUAUCUCUUUAUCGAUUUUAAAACAAGGAACACUAUCUGUGAGGAUAGCAUCAGCUGUUUAACAUCUCCAUUGUUUACAAUUUCCACUGAUAAAUUAAACCUGAGAAUGUAGAUUACAUUCUCUGCUAAAACGAUACACCGAAGUUCCUAAUUCGUAUUUAUCAAAAAUGUUUGUCUAAAGUUCAAGCAACUGCAGUUGUGCCAGUUUUGGUAACAUAAACGUGAUGUUUUUGUUUUGGAACCGGUCAUCAUCCAGAAAUGUUACUCCCACAGCGAAGCGAACGCGCGAAGCUCUUGGGGAAGAUUUUGUGCGAAAACUGGACGCAUUACACGAUGACGCUUUGCGCACUGGUCUAGUAACAACAUCGGAUUUACAAGAAGCGUAUAGAAAAUCUCGAGAUGCAGAUCUUAAUCCGAAUAGAAUUAAUUUGUGGUAUGUGCUAGGCAUAUUGGCGUUCAUAAUGGUAGUAACGCCUAUAUUUUAUGAAAUAAUUACGUUUCUUUUGGGAGUACGUUGCUUUUUACCCAAUAAUUAUAUUGUGUCGGAGGCAACAAGACCUAUAAGCGACUGUGACUUCUGCAGAGAUGUAUCAGGACCAAAGAUACUACAAAAUCUUACGCGUGAAGAGUUUGCACCUUACGCAUAUUCCUCUCAGCCAAUUAUAAUCAAAAAUGCUGUCGCACACUGGAAAGCUAAGCAACUUUUAAAUUUCGAUUAUCUUAAAGGCUUAUAUGAACGUAUACCCGGUGCAAUGGACGAGAGCUGUCCAUUUCUUCAUUUUCGUUCAGAUUUCAAAUCGUUGCAUGAUGUCUUUGCAAUGCCUAACGCACGUUCUAAUUUAAGCAUAGGUGAAACGCCGUGGUAUGUUGGUUGGAGCAAUUGCCAUCCAGUGGUAUUGGAAGAAUUACGGAAACUCUAUCCGCGUCCACAUUUUUUACCAGUUGAUGCUGAAAUGCCAAAUACGGAUUAUAUAUUUAUUGGCUAUGAACAAGGCGAUUUUAUGCAUUUGGAUUAUAUUCCGCGUCUUGUUUGGCAAGCUCAGUUGCAAGGCAACAAAAGUUGGAUUGUAGCACCAACUCCAGAAUGUGAUCACGUUUGUCAAUCGUUUUCCUUCUAUGUAGAACCUGGUGAUGCAGUAUUGGUUGAUACCAGAAUUUGGUACCAUGGCAGUUCUAUUCCUAACAAAGGACAAUUCGCACUCACCAUACAAUCGGAGUACGGUUAAGCAACAAUAUUCACUCGUAAGAUUGCAUUUAACGCAAUAUUUGUUUAGCUAUAAGUAUUUUACAAUAGUAAUUUUAAAUAACACCACGUAAUUAACGAAACAAA